AUGGCAUCUCCAAAUCCUCCGACGAAGCCUCUGAUUGCUGUGGUUGGCGCUACAGGGACAGGAAAAUCCAAAUUGGCGGUUGACCUUGCGGUACGAUUCAAUGGAGAGAUCAUCAAUGCAGAUGCUAUGCAAAUGUACAAGGGCCUUCCAAUAACCACCAACCAAAUACCCAUUGAAGAGAGACAUGGGAUCCCACAUCACUUGAUCGGAUGUGUAGAUCUGGACCAGAACCCCUGGAGAAUUGGUGUAUUCAAGAGGGAGAGUCUGAAGAUUAUUGACGAGAUUAGGUCAAGGGGAAAAGUCCCCAUACUUGUUGGCGGGACCCAUUAUUAUACACAGUCUGUCCUGUUUCAUGAGCCCUUACUUGACGAAGGGGUCUCGGGCGACGAAACUUCGAAGCAGUCGGAACAACUCCAAAAUAAUGAAAUUUCAACAACAGAUUCUAGUAAUGCGGUGGACUUUUCGAUACUCGACGCUACUCCAGAGGAGGUCUACCAGAAGCUAAAGGAGGUCGACCCUGUAAUGGCAAAUCGAUGGCAUCCCAAAGAGAAGAGGAAGGUUCGUCGGUCUCUAGAGAUUUAUUUACAAACUGGGCGGCCAGCCUCCGAGAUAUAUGAAGAACAGAAGAGGAAAAUCAGACAAGUUGGGACGCAGGACGAUGGUCCCCACGGAGAAGAAUUGGAGGACUCAGACUCUCAGCUAGGACAGGCAAGGUUUCCCCUUCUUGUCUUUUGGGUAUAUACCGAAAAAGAAGAACUAAGAAAGAGACUGGAUAAGCGUGUUCACGGGAUGAUAAACCAAGGCUUACUUCAGGAAGCUCAGAAAAUGUUUAAAUAUUUACAAGAUAAAACUUCAGAAGGGGUGGAGGUCGAUCGAACUCGCGGAAUCUGGAUGUCCAUCGGAUUUAAAGAGCUGGAGCCUUACAUCAACGAGUUGCUCUUAUCGAAGGGGGAAUCUAGUUCUGAACUUGACAAAGUGAAGGAUGAAUGCAUUGAGUCAAUCCAGUCUGCUACAAAAGUAUACGCCAAACAUCAAACGAGAUGGAUUAAGCGUAAAUUGUGGAAAGCCUUGGGCACUGCUGGAAUGACGGAUCGUCUGUACAUUGUCGAUUCAACUAACGUGGACGAAUGGGAUACUGUCGUACGUCAACCUGCCGAAGAUAUUACCUCGAAAUUCCUUUCUGGAAACACACCCCCACACCCCAAAGAUACCUCGGAAGCCGCAAAUGAAUUCUUUGCAUCCGUCGAUGUGCCGGCACCCUUUGAAGUUGACGAUAUUCCACAGAUGAGGUUAUGCCCCGUGUGUAAUACUACCAUGACCGGAACGGAUACCUGGUCUGCUCAUAUUACCGGGAGAAGACAUAAGAGGGCGAUAAAGUCUGCUAUAAAUAAGCAACGCCGAGAGGAAUAUUUCCGGAAACUGCGGGAGGAGUCCAACAAUGCACCUUCUACAGAAUCGUAA